AUGAAUUCCCCCAAUGCAAGGCCACGUUCACUUGAAAAUUACUCCCCAGGAGAGGUCAGGUCUCCUGCAGCUACUGCGUCGGCCUCGCUCUCAGGUUUGAUGCGAGACAGAGAACGCAUCUACUCGUUCGCCACCUGGGCUUCCGUCACCUCCCAGAGGACUUUAUGCGGAGAGAAGCGACCACCCACGAGCGCCCCCGGGCCAGUUUCCGCCGGUCUUACCAAGGCGUCGGGCGACCCUUCACCUCGGAGACGACAACACGAACCUUCGCUGGGUAACAAGCGCGGGGACGCGCUGGUUCUCAUUCGAUGCAUACAGACGGAGCAGGGCUCACCCCGCGCUCAGGCACCGAGCCGUUUCCUCCGUCACCGGCCCCUCCCGCACAAGGCCUCCGUCCCACCGGUCACCAACAACCACCACAGCCACCCGGGUCUCACCCACCACGUCCUCCCCGCCUGCCCACAGGCCCUCAGUCGCGAGAGCAUCCGGGACCGUCUUCUCGCGAUGCCGCGGCGGCGACGUGAACUACCGGGAGGAGCGCAGCGCACAUGCGCAGAAGGCCCCGAGCGGCUCCUGCGCCCGAGCAGGAAGCGCGCGCUGAGUUUCUUAAGACCCUGGCGACACCUCCUUCGGAAUCAGCCUUCAGGCUUAGGAGACUUUGGAUUAAUUGACCAUGUAGGGUUAUCCAUUCCUAAACCAGAAGUGAUCCUCAAGUUGGAGCAAGGAGAGGAGCCAUGGAUAUUAGAGUCCCCGGGCCAGAGUGACCCAGAAUUAAUUAAUAGCAGUAGAAACUAUUCAAGAAAGAAGUUCAAUGAGUUUAACAAAGGUAGAAAUUGGCUCCAUAAUGAUAAGCAUGAAGGAAUUUAUUCUGAAGAGAAACUUUAUAAAUAUAAUAAAAACGGGAAUGGCCUCCAUCUUAAUGAAGAUUUUGUUCACCGUCAGAAAAUUCAGAUUUUGGAGCAACCUUUUGAGUACAGUGAAUGUAGGAAAGCUUUCCAUGAGAAUUCACUCUUUGUUGUACAUAAGAAAACUUACACAGGAAAGAACUCCUGUGAACACACUGAUUAUGGGAAGAUCUUCUGUGAUAUGUCAUCCCUCAUGGCUCAUCAGAGAACACAUCCAAGAGAGAAUCAGUAUGAAUUUAAUGAAUGUGGAGAAAAUUUCUUUGAGGAAUCCAUUCUCUUUGAGCAUCAGAGUGUUCAGCCUUUCAGCCAGAAGUCAAACCUCAUUCCAGUUCAGAGAAGCCACUCAAUUGACAAUGUGAUUGAAUAUAAUGAAUGUAGAACGUUUUUCAGUGAAAAGCUAGUCUUUGGUGUACAACAGAGAACACGCACAGGAGAAAAACCUUAUGAGUGUCAUGAUUGCGGAAAAACCUUCAACCAGAAGUCAGCCCACACAAGACAUCAGAGAACACACACAGGGGAAAAAUCUUGUGAAUGUCAGGAAUGUGGGAAAACUUUCUACAAGAAUUCAGACCUCAUUAAACACCAGAGAAUUCACACAGGGGAGAAACCUUUUGAAUGUCAGGAAUGCGGGAAAUCCUUCAGUGAAAAGUCAACCCUCACUCAACAUCGAAGAACACACACAGGGGAGAAACCGUAUGAAUGUCGUGAAUGUGGGAAAGCCUUCUCGUUCAAGUCAGUCCUUACUGUACAUCAGAAAACACACACAGGGGAGAAGCCCUACGAGUGUUAUGAAUGUAGGAAAGCCUUUCUUAGAAAAUCAGACCUCAUUAAACAUCGAAGAACUCACACAGGGGAGAAACCUUAUGAAUGUAAUGAAUGUGGGAAAUCCUUCUCUGAGAAGUCAACCCUUACCAAACAUCUGAGAACUCACACAGGUGAGAAACCCUAUGAAUGUAUUGAAUGUGGGAAAUUUUUCUGCUACUACUCGGGUUUCACAGAACAUCAGAGAAGACACACAGGGGAGAAACCUUUUGGAUGUAAUGAAUGUGGGAAAAACUUCCGUCAGAAGUCAGCCCUAAUUGUUCAUCAGAGAACUCACAUAAGACAGAAACCCUAUGAAUGUAAUGAAUGUGGGAAAUCAUUCUGUGUAAAGUCAAAACUCAUUGCACAUCAUAGAACACACACAGGGGAAAAACCCUAUGAAUGUAAUGUAUGUGGAAAAUCAUUUUAUGUGAAGUCAAAACUCACUGUACAUCAACGAACACAUUUGGGGAGAAACCCUAUAAAUGUAAUAAAUGGGGGAAAUCACUCUGGGUGA